AUGGAACCUAUUAAAAACCUCACCAUAUAUCAAGUAAAGUCUGGUACCACCACCCUUAUCAAAGAUCAGUUUAUCGAAAAGCACUCGGCUUAUGAGCGUAUUAUUCUUUUCGCGAAUGUCUCAUCAGGCUGGCCAAUCACUUACACCUUUACCGUUGUUGGACAUGGUUCAGACAGUGUUACACAUGAUAAAGAUCGCAUUACCACCAGCUUACCAAAUGCUGGGGAAUGGAAAAUCGAUGUUUUGGCUAAAAAUGGUAUAAGCAGUGAAAAUUGCACAAUUACAGUCGACGUCAUAGACGGUUGUGAACCAUCAGUGAAAAUAUAUGAUGGAAGAACAGAGAAGAAACCAUUCCAAACAUAUCUUGGAAAUGAUAUUCGCUUUAAUACUGAAGAGGUCGUACAGAAUGACAGCUGCGCGGAGCCUAAAUGUAGUUGGAAGUAUAACUGGACUCUGUAUGAUGUUAACAACGCUGAUGAGGUGCCAUCUACAGUUAAUUACGAAAAGCACAAGAAAUUUUUCUACAUCGAAAGAGGGCAAAUCAAUGUUCCAGGAUUAUAUAAAGUUGAGAUGACUGCUGUGUGUAAUGAGACCCGAAGUGAUGGUGUGACGUACUUUAAUUUGACGGCCAAUGACCCUGUCCCCAUCAUAUUGG